CAGGUACAAAAUGAGUGAUACAUAUGGCGUGAUAUUAGAGAAUCACUUAUCACCCGCAUGUGGUAUGACUGCAAGGAUCUUUCAAAAAGCGGACAUUUUAAGUACUGGAGCAGGUCUGGCUUCGGGAGCAGUAUUUCUUGCAGCGUCUUUCACUAGUAUAGCUAUCGCUCCAGCAGUAUUGCUAACAGCAGGAGGUCUAGGAGUUACUGCCGGAGUAUAUGCCUUAGGACGAAGUAUAUACACCUUGAUCGAUCGCAAGAGGCACCAAGAGUCGAUGAGUUUUUCAAAUUCAGAAGCAAGGGGGGCGUAUUUAAAUAUUCUUGCUGGAGCCCUAGGAUUUGCUGGAUCUGGUGCGACUAUGGCGGUUUCACAAUUAGCUACUAAUGGCAUCGAAAUUGGACAGGGAGCAGGAGCAGUUGUGAAUUUUUUCGGCGUGGCCAAUAUUGGAGCUAGCGGAGCCAGCAUUGUUAAUUCGGGUUAUGACGUAUUUGACCAAUGGUAUAACGAGAACCGAAAACCAUCCCUACUGACCAUCGUUCAGCUGAGCUCAUCGAUACUUUUCUUCGGAAACGCUCUUUAUAACUUCAAGACCUGCUCAACUAUUGUAGAAGAAACUCAAGCUAAAACAUUGCAAGACUAUCAGGCUUCGCUGAGGAGUAAUAGACAUAGGAAAAUAUUCAACAAAAUGAUGAAAGAAACCAUCCGCAGAAAUAACGGCAACAAAGUCCAAGGAAAAGCCGAGGUGAUAUCAGCGGUUCGUAACUUCCCGAAUAAAGACGAAGUAUUCGCAGCGUUGACAAGAUCUAACAAAGCCAUGAAUCAAAAAGGGGUGAAAUUCUAUGCCAGCGGCGGUGAUCUCACGAUGAACGGACAGAAAAUAAAUACGAACGACUUCACCAGCAUGAGUAAAAAAGACGUGGGUAUUUUCUUGUCGAAAUUGCCUUCGAAAUCUGUGAUAUCACACUCGGACGUGCUUAUGAUGCAAAGGCAGUUCUCCAUCAACAAGUUGGCGAUUCCAACUACCGAUCAGUUUUCGCAGUUCGCUGUGAAGAUGAUGGGAGCAUACGACGGUAAUAUUCAGAAGAUGAUCAUCAUAGCAAUGACAAAACUCUAUACGUCACUCUCAGAAUCAAUAAGAACAACCUUGGAGGAGGUAUUCCCUGAUCAACCCUACUGCUACAACAUACUCAGUUUGGUAAUGGAGUUCUUCCUAGUCAAAGCAUCCAACUUGGGGAAACAGUAUGAAAUGUGGUGUGAGACGGGAGAAUCCAAAUUCUACCAACCGUGUUUCGCAGAUCUUGACGGAUCUGAGGCAAAGAGAUACAAGUUGCUAUUUGAGAAAGCAGUCAAGAUGUGCUAUGAAGGGAUUAUGUUCACCAAAGUUGCCCAAGAAGAGUUAUUAAAUUACUUCAAUAGCUGGCUGACGGAACAAGUGUAUGAGUUUCGAGUCGAAACAGAAUCUGCGCAACGUAGGAGACAGCAUAACGCUAGGGAGCCAAAACGUAUCAAAGUUAACUGCGAGAAAUGUGGAGGUUAUUAUUAUCAAUGUGUUAUUAUUCCACGAGGAAAGUAAAUCGUAUUUCAUUAAUUUUUUUUUUGUAUUUGGACUAAUUAUUGGGUAAUAAACGAUUAACUGCUCGUGAACAAUUGUCACUUGUAAUAAUGGAAAAUGUUGAUGUUGACAGAUGGUAAAGUUCUCAGUAAUCCCCAGAAAACUGUCCGAACGUCUACUAAUCAAUUAAGUGGUAGAUAAACGUUCAUUUGGGAACUGAAUACAGUACAAUAUAAAUUACAUAAGCGCCAUCAAUUUGUAUAUACGAAAUAAGUCAAUGAAGUAAUGAAAAUGAAA